CCUUGUUACUGUCAGUACAUACUUAUAUAGAAAUGAUACUAUAUCAUAAAUAGCUCUCUCAGCUGAUCGCAUGAUAUAUUUUGCCAGUUAUUGGUGACUAAAAUGUAUCGCAUUUAAAAAAUAGUGAAAAUUUUAGAAAUUUUAGUGUACAAAGUAUGUGGAAGUAUUCGGAGUUUCGUUAGUAUCCAUAGUUGUAGUGAACAUUUUCGACAAAAUAAAAACAUUUGUGGAUUUAAGUUAACAUUGGAUUGGAUAUUAAAAGAUUUAUUAACAAAAAAAAUCACACAGGUGUUUUUUUACCUCACCCGUCUGGAAGGUAAACAAUGGGGUCCAAAAAGGAUCCGAUGUCAUUAGAUCAGUGUUUAGGAGCCAUAAAACAAAAACAGAAUGCUGUUCAAGACAUCCCAUUUCGUCAUAAUCAGAUUGGAGUACAACAACAACUUGAGACUUUACAAGGCGAGGCUGAGGGCAUCAGACCACUAAAACGCAAAGUUGAUGAAUUUCGAAAAUCUAAGAAACACACAAAAGAAGUUCCAGUUUUGGAGGCAGAAUUUGCUUUAUUAGAGGACCAGGCUCAUCAGAAAAAAAGAUGUUUGGAGACAGUGUUGUAUGUCAGUGAAGUAGAGAAUCUCUUCCAGAAUGUACAGACGGAUUUUGAAGAGAGAGCACUAUACCUCACAGAGAGGAGGGGCGUGUUUGACAGCAUAUAUAGGCGGGAACAUAUGGAAAACUCCUCCCGCAUGCAUAGGGACUGUGUAUACACUCUUAGAAAAAGUUGGAGUUGGUUAGGUACGGUGGCACGAUGUAUGGAAAUACACUUAGCUAAUGCUUCAGAGUAUCACCAGUUUUUUCACGACUCGCAGUAUCUGUAUGAGGACAUGCAGAUUUAUCUUACUUGGCUGAACUCGGAGAACAUGAGAGAAAGAGUGGAGACGUUAGAACCGGGUACCAUCAUCAAACAUAUCAGGGAUGUGACUAAUACAUUGUUAGAUUAUCAGUCGCGAGUUGAGAAACUGAGUACAAGAAGUCACGAGGUGUACCCCAUACAUUUGAGAAAAGACAUUGAAGAGUAUGGAAUCAAAGGAAGGGCAUUAGUGGAUUACCAACAUCAAGAGGUGACAUUGAAAGAUGGGGAAGAGUGUAUUAUAUUGAACAAUACAGAUUCUGACAACUGGCAGAUAAGAUGUUCUGAUGGAACAGAGGCUGAGGUUCCAGGAAUUAUACUUGUUAUACCACCACCUGACAAGAAGGCUUAUAACGAAGCUGACAGGGCCAAAGAUCAGCUUGUAGUUAACUGGGAGACAACUCUGAAGAGACUAAGAGUUCAACUAACACAGUUUCUGACAGCCUCUGCUGAGGAUACGACAGUUAAAGAGUUGUACAGUAUAUCAGCCAAUCAGAAAGCAGAUCUCAUGAGACUGAUGAAUGAGGCUGUACAGGUGCUCAGACCUGAUCAGACAGAGGACGAUGUAGAUUAUCGUGACCUCGUCUCCCAGGCAACGACCUUCCGUAAGAUCUUGAGUCAAGUUAAACCAAGUGCUAAAGAUACCCAGAAUGGCACAACACUCACAUGGCAGGCUAACGCGAAGACAUUGACUAUAUAUAAGGAAUUUAUAACAUAUGCAAAGGCAUACAAUAAAAAUUUACACAACACGAGAGAGAAGACGGGUGUCCUGUUACCAGAUCUGACAGGACCGACGUACUCCUCAAAGGCCUAUUUUGAAAUGGCACUUCCAGUGGUAGAUAUCGACAUUCAGACCAAGAAGAUGUCGGUAACUAGGGUGCGAUCAGAGCUCUAUAUACAUGAAAGACGCCACGGUAAACCGCCAAUACCUCCUCCGAGACGACGUCAGAAACUACGUCGUGUAGCCUCGGCUGUUGGAGGUGACAGUGCCGCUGCCAGUGGAGUACUUAAAGACACAAAGUCGUUCGUGAUUGCAGGUGUAAUUGACCCACGUACCAAACAACAACUGAGCGUAUUCCAGGCACUAUCAAAUGGUAUAUUAGAUCAGAUCAAUGGUACAUAUAGGAACCCGGACACCGGAGAAGUCAUUUCUAUACCUGAAGCUAUUCAGAGAGGCUUGAUAAUUGCCGAUUUUAAUGAACAUCUUCAAAAUGGUAAUGCUGUCAGUGGAGGAUUUACGCCAAUGAGAAAUAAGAUGCAGACGGUCAUGUAUCCGGUAGAAGGGGUUAUCGAUCCUAAAACUGGAGAAUGGAUCGGUGUUAAAGAGGCUAUAACAUCUGGUAUAAUUGAUCCUCGGACUGGUUCCUACACAAACCCGCUCACCGGGGAAAAGAUGAGCAUCUUGGAGGCAGUCCAAAAUGGAUAUCUUGUCGCAGAUCCCGCUUUGUUAGAUGAAAUAACAGAAGAUAAUGGAAUGUUCACGUGCGUUGAUUUUUCAGAUGUUUCGUAUGACGUGCAGUCAGUUAUUAAUCCAAGUACAGGCGAAGAAUUAACAUUAAAACGUGCAAUACAAGAUGGUGUUAUUGACCCAAUGAACUCUCUGUAUCGUAAUCCCCAUACAGGGGAAACGAUGGCAUUAGCAGACGCAAUCAAAAAAGGAUUUAUUAAGGUGCGGCCGGUUGACUCGAACACUCCUAGUGAGAACGUUUUGACAUUUAAACAGCUUCAUAUUAAAAAACAAAAGUUUAUACCAGGUGCUGGAGAUAUUCUUGAAGGUAUUGAUGAAUUUGACGGAGAGGAACAUGACCCAAAUAAGAAACUAGCCGACAAAUUACGAUCAAAACAUGACGUUUCUGUGCCACUUCAAAAGAAUUCAGGUAAACGCGAAAUCUCACUUGAGGAAGCAGUUUCACAAGGUUUGAUUGACUUCGCAAAAAAUCAGUUCAAACUGCCUGGUCAAGAACCGAUGUCAAUCGAAGAAGCAAUUCAGAAAAAAUUGAUGUCACCAAAAGCUGCUAAAAAAAUUCUUGACGUUUAUAAAGAUAAUUCAUUGGGUGCUCUCAUUGAUGAAGGAAAGUUUGACCCAGAUACUGGCCUCGUAACUGACCCCAAUACAGGACAUACUAUAUCCCUUCAAGCUGCCAUCUCACAGAGAAUAAUUGACCCAAAUUCUGUCUUCCUUUUCGAUAACAAUUCUGGGAAGGUCAUAUCACUGGCAGAUGCUAUAGAAAAAGGACUGUUCAAUCCUGAAACAGGUAAAUUUGUUGAUCCAAAAACAGGUGAAGAAAUGACUUUAUCUGAUGCUGUGUUGAAAGGAUUAGUGCAAACCCAUAUUGAUCCAAAUAAAAUUGUAGAAAGUAAUGAAAUAUUAGGAAAAUUAGCACCUUUAACAGACACCAGUGUAAAAUGUGUUGUUUCUCCCUUGACCGGAGAAGAAAUUUCAUUAGAGGAUGCAAUUAAACAAGGCAUUUUAGAUUUGAAAAAUGGCCAGUAUAUCAAUCCAUUAACAGGUGAGGCAAUACCUUUAGCAGAAGCAAUAAAGGCGGGAAAAAUAGAUCCACGUUUAUGUGUUCCAUUACUAGAGGCACUAAAUAAAAUGUCUCUGAAGGAUUUGGCAAAUAACGGUGUUAUCAAUUUAAGAAAUGGAAUUAUAACAGAUCCCGUUACCGGACAACGUAUGACAAUGUCGGAAGCAAUCGAUAAUGGAGUGUUUGAUCCAAACAGUGUCAUGCUUGUAGAUAAUGAAAGUGGAAAUAUUGUAAGUUUAGGUUCUCUCAUAGAUUCUGGAAUAUUUGAUCCUGAAAUUGGUAAAUUCCGUAAUCCGCAAACUGGAGAAGUAAUGUCCUUGGAAGAAGCCAUUGAACGAGGUUUAAUUGAACCGGAAAUAAAUCCGGAUGUUUUUGCCGAUACUUCCUCAUCUUUACGAGAUUUGAUUGAUAGUAACCGUGUUAAUCCAAGAACGACAAGUUUUGUUGCGCCAAACGGGCAGAAGAUGUCCCUGCGUGAUGCACUUGCCAACGGUUUCCUAACAAUGACCUCAAAGGUCAAGAUUGAUCCAGCUAGCGGGGAUGUCAGUUUGGCGACGGAGGAAGAGGAGGUGGUACAAAGCCUGCUGGAUAUUAAAGAAAAGUCCGAAUGGCUGGAGGAUAUAGAAAGAAAGCUAGCACAGCAAAAACCUCCCAGUGAAAGGCUUGAAACCCUGGAGAAACAAAGGGAAGACUGUCAUGAUCUGAAACAAGGAGUUGAGGAGAAAGAGGUAGAAAUUAAAGAAUCUAUACAACAAGUCCAGACACUGGUACAGACAAACAAAGCUGAUAAAAAAGACGAGUGCGCACAACAACUACAGAAACUUAAAUCUAGCUCUACAGACCUGAAAGUUCGGCUUGACACUGCUGCAAGUGAGGCCAGUAAGCGUUGCAAGCGUCUGGAUGAUAUGUGCGAUGAUUUGGAAGAUUUCUACGGCAAGUUACAGGAGCUUGAUCAAUGGUUAGAUCACGCCUUUGAACGGACGGAGGAUCUACAGUCUUCCAAGAAUGGCAUUGACGUACAAUACAGUAACUUCAAGGACUUUGUUGAAGAGCUCCAAGGGAAGGAGGAAGAAAUGUCAAAGGUCAUCAAGAUGGCAGACAACUUUAAAGAAGAAGCGCAGGAUUUUGAAAAAGAGGCUGAAAAUUUCAAGAAGCGUCUUCAGUUUAUGCCGCCUAUACAAGAAGAGGGAGAUAAUCAGGUCAUCGAUGAUGAACUUGAGGCUCUCGAAGCCAAAUACAAAGAUAUUUCCCGUAAAUGUGCCAAACAUUUGGAAAAACUUUCCGGUCUUGUCAAAUACAAGAAGACAUUUGAUGACCUGAAUGAUAAGCUUGAAAACAUCUAUCCGACCAUUGAGCAAGCUCUUACUGACAUUGAUGAAGAAAUGUUCGGUAAAAAUCCUGAUGAGGAUAAGAAAAACUACGCACAACUUAAAGAUCUGAAAGGAGAUUUGAUUGGUCAGGAAAGAAAAUUGAAGGACUUUACUAAUGCAGCAGAUAAACUGGUUGCAGGCUUAAAUGAAAUGGGUAUGAAACAUAAAGCUGAUGAUGUGAAAAAGAAGGUGUCAAAUGUAAGGGAUAAGCAUGAUCUUCUAAGUGAAGAGAUUGCAGAAAAAGAACAACAGUUGGAUACAGCAGUGUCUCAGCAACAAAGUGUUGUAAAUAGAUUGGAAGGUUUAAAAAAUUGGGCUGCUGAAGCAGAGAACAUUCUAGAUGAAAGACCACUCAUAAGUUUGGAUAAAGACAAACUGAACCAGCAGAUGCAAGACCAAAGAGUUCUUACGUCUGAAAUAGAAACUAACAAAGGAAUGUUAGAAAGAUUGUCACACGAGGCAGCAGAGACGUCGUCUGCUCAGGAUGCUGAAGAAGCUUUAUCUGACUUGAGUGAGCUUCUAGGUGAACUUGAGCGUAAGGCUGAGAUCAGGAUGUAUGAACUGGAGGAAGUGUUGUCAAGUAUAAAUGAGAUUGAUGGAAACAUGGUCAGUGUUGAUGGUUGGGUAACAGAAGCUAUCAAGAAUCUUAAAACUAAACCAAAAGGCACAACACAGAAAGCUAUGAAAGCAAAGGUUGACAUGCUGUAUGGAGAGAAACGUGAGAAGGAAUUUGACAUGGAGAAUUUACGAAACACGUCACGACGUCUGAUGGAUGAUGAUAGAGUGUGUGACCAGUUUGUCAUGAAGGAGGGUCUGUCAGAGGUGGAGGCUAAAUGGCAUGAACUGACAGAGCUGCUUGUCCAACAAGUCUCUUUAGAGGCCCUGACAGAGGUUGAUGGAAUGUUGAAAUAUCUGGAUAAGGCUGAGAAUGAAAUAAACACGGCAGAACCUAUCAGCAUCGAGCCUGAGACCCUAGGAGUACAACUGAAGGAAAAUGUGUCAUUUAAUGCCGAUCUGAAUGAAAAGCGUAAUGCAGUAAAGGAUAUUAUCAACAAGUGUAACAAGAUGUUACGCGAGACAACAAACGCACAGACGGACGAAAUAAAAAGUCGACUUGAAAGUAUUAAAGCCCAGGCUGAUAUAGUAUGUCACUUGAGUGCAGACAGACUACAGCAGUUAGAGGCUGCGUUACCCCUGGCAACAUCAUUCAGUGAGAGUCACGCCGAGGUUGCCGGGUGGCUGGAUGAGAUGGAAGCCGAGCUGAAGGCACAAGGCUCUCCCGGGGACACCCUGGAUCAAGUGAAAAAACAGUAUGAAAAUCUUAAGACAACCCAACAGAUAAUAGAAGACAGGAAACCUUUUAUAGAUGACCUGAAUGCCACAGGUCUAGAACUAAUGGAAUUAUGUGGCGAUAGUGAUGCCGGAGACAUACAGACAAAACUUGUCAACGUAAACGAAAGAUUUGAAAAACUGAAACUUGGAGCGAGAGGAAAACUUCGAGAGAUGUCCGACGUAAGGCAGAACAUGACACAAGAGGUGUCAGAUGGGUUGGAUAAUUUGUUAGAGGACCUUUCUGGCUUGAACAGAGUUAUUGUCAAUGCUGACCCAAUACCAGCCAGUACAGAUAAACUCAAAGAUGACCUUGAAGAAAAUAAGGUAAUCCUGGAAGAGUUGGAUAGAAGUAGACCACAUAUACACAGGGCAAUAGAGAUGGCCAAAAAAGUUGUUGCUCAAGGAAAUGAAGACGAAAUUGAAGCUGAUGAUAUUAAACAGAAAAUCUCAGAAUUGAAUGGAUUGGCCAAUCAGAUUAAAGAAGGUGCUCAAAACAGAGAAGUUGCUUUACAAGAUGCCUUAGAAGUUGCCGAGAAGUUCCACGAUCUGUGCGGAGAUACCAUGAGUAACUUGCGUGAUCUUAAAGAUAAUAUGAUAUCCCAGGAACCUCCUGGUGUUGACCCUCAAACUGUGAAAGAACAACAGAAAGAAUUGAAGGAAUUGAGAAAAGAACUAGGUAAGGCCAGGUUGUCUCUAGAUGAGUGUAGACAGAAAGGUGAACAGUUAGGAACGUUGGUUGGUGACCCAGGUCUUAUUGAGAUACGUAAACAGUUAGAGGAUAUCCAUCAUUUAGCUGACGAUGUUCACGAUAUUGCUAAAGAAAGAGACGAUGAUUUGAGAACGGCAUUAAAUCACGCUGACAAGUUUCAGCAACUUCAAGAGUCCCUGGAGGAAUGGUUACCAGUGGAGGAGCACAAGCUGGCCAGUAUGAAACCUCUGUCAAACGACCUUGAUACACUUCAGAAACAAGUGGAUGAGCUGAAGUUUUUCAAGUCCAAUGUUCACCCGCAUGUAACCGAUGUCCAACAGUUGAAUCAAGAGUUAGCUGCCCUUAAAGAUAUGUCGCCAGUUGCCGCGGAAACCCUUCAACGUCCCGUUGAAACUAUCAAUGCAAAAUGGGCAGAUAUGGUUCAAGCCAUAAGUGAACGAGAGGUUAAAGGUCACAUUUCUUUGGCUAACCUUCAGGAGAUGCAAUGUAAGGUUGGUGAUAUUGAACGAGGUAUGCUGGACGUUACAAACUCGCUGGAGAAGGCAAUGACAGAGUUAAACCUUAUGGAUAUAGCCACAGGCGAUCCUAAAUGCCUUGAAAAACAUUUGAAGAAAUUGAAUCUCCUUCAGUCAGAUGUAAAAGGUCAAGAGCGAGCUUCAAGGAAGUUAAAUAAGGCCCUAGAUGAUACUCUCUCACGUGGAGGUCAGGAUAGUCCUCAGAUGAGAGGCGUUCAAGAUGAGAUGAAUGAAAUGUUACGACGUGUACAGGCAGACUCUAAAGAUAAAGAGGCUAAAAUGCAGGAAAAAUUGAGACAGGUGAAGAAGUAUGUAGGAGAUGUAGAUGAUAUGAUACAGUGGAUUAGUGAUCUACGUACAGAGCUCAAAUCAAACACCCCAUUUGGUGCUUUACCCGACACUGCCAAGGAACAGUUUGAAAAAUUCCAGGAGAGGCAUCAGGAACUACAGAAAAGGGAGGAGCCAACAAAAGGUUUGCUAGAGAAAGGUCAAGAGUUCAUUGAUGCAUGCCCACCUGAAGAUGUUGUACAGAUCUCUGAUCGUAUGAAGAAACUCAAAGACCUAUGGAACGAUACAAAAGAUAGAGCUCAGAAAAGAAAGGACAAAAUGGAUGAGCAUCUACUCAACAUUGAUGAAUUCCAUGGUACUCUAAAGAACUUCACUGACUGGCUGAAUAAUGCUGAAGUUGCUAUACGUGCCUUUAAAUAUCCAAGCAAGAUCGUACAUAGAGUUGUCAAACAGAUGGAAGACCAUAAUAAACUAAAAGCAGAGCUAGAUGCCCAGAUCGACAAAAUGCACACACUGGACAGAACUGGUACCUACCUCAAAUACUUCGGUCGUAAGCAGGAUACCAUCUAUAUAAAGAAUCUAUUGGUUGGUAUCCGGCUACGAUGGAAGAAGCUGUUAAGAAGAACAGAUGAGAGAGGAAGACUGUUCAAACAGGCCUACAAAGAAGAUAAAAGAUUUCAUGAUGCAUGGAAGACGCUUUGUGAUUGGUUGGAUGAAAGUACUCCUAAACUUACCAGAUUUAUGUCCCCUGGAUACGCAUCCAAACAGGAUGUUGAUGAGCUAAAGGACACGACUACACAUGAGCUUGAGAGAUUCCAGCAGCAGUUAGCCGCCAAACACCCAGCAUUUUAUUCAGCAUCUCGCCUCGGACGUAAUCUGAAGGACAGAUGCACUAAAGCAGAUCCUGAGCGUGAGGAGCUCCAGCAGAUGCUUGAUGAUCUGAAAAAUAAAUGGAAUUCUGUUCGUUCUGUUGUAUCCAAAAGUCAAAACAAACUGGACGAGGCCUUGUUGACCUCUGGGCGAGUUGCCGACGCCCUGAGCUCGAUGCUGGAAUGGCUAGGCAAGGUACAGUCCAGCCUCGGAGAGGACCAGCCCAUCCUAGGUGACCUUGACACUGUCAGUAUGCUGAUUGAGCAACAUAAGGCACUACAGCAAGAGUUAUCCGCCCGGGAGCAGACGGUCGCAGCAAUGAAAGCCUCGGGUAACUUGCCUCCAAUACAGAUGGAAGAGUUGAACAGUCUGUGGGAGUCUGUGAACAUGUUGAGUGAAGUGAGAGAGGCAAAGCUGAAGGAGUCAUUACAACUGGCUGAAGAGUUCCAGGGAGUUGUACAAGUUAUGAGGGAAUUUUUACCUCAGGCCGAGGCUGAACUUAAGUUCAAAUCUUUGCCAGAAGAUGAAGUUGCUAUAAUACAACUUAUAGAAAAACAUGAGAAAUUCCAAGCAGAGUUACGGGAUCAUCAGGAAGGAGUAGAUAAGAUCAAAUUGUUAGCCGAGGAAAUCUUGCUCAACUGUCACCCAAAUGCCAUUAGAUUUGUCAAAUAUUACCUAACCAUUACACAGACGAGAUGGGAUCAGUUAUUACAACGUGCUAAAUCUAGAGAACACAGAUUACAGGACGCCUUACGUGCCAUACAAGGUAACGCAGCUUUGGUGGAGGAGCUAUUGUCAUGGUUGACAGAUGCUCAGGUGCUAUUAUCUACCAAAGAGAAAGAUCCUGUUCCAGAUGAUGUAGGGGUUGUUGAUACACUAUGUAAAGAACAUGCAGAAUUUCACGAAGAAAUUAACAGUAAGAAUGCAGAUGUGGAAAGAUUAACUAAAAUUUUACAACACGAUCCAAAAUCGCCCGGUGGACCUAGAAAUUUUGGAAGUCAUUCAAGAUUAAAUGAAAUCGACGGACAUAAUCCACGAGUUAUAGCGUUACAAAAUCGGUGGAGAACUGUAUGGAGAACGAGCGUGGAUAGAAAAAAGAAAUUAGAGGAUGCUUUAGAUACAUUGAUGGAAAUAGAGAGUAUUAAAAACUUUGACUUUGAAUUGUGGAAAGCACGUUAUUUAAAAUGGUUACAAACAAAGAAAAUGAGAAUAACGGAUUUCUUUAGACGGCAGGAUAAAGAUGGCGAUGGUUUCUUGUCACGAGAUGAGUUUGUAAACGGAAUGUUACAUUCAGGUUUUAAAACAAAUAAGACAGAAAUGAAUGCUGUGUUUGAUUUGUUUGAUAGAGAAAACCGAGAUUUUAUAGAAUACCAGGAAUUUAUAGAGGCCAUGAAACCUAAAAGACAUCAAAAGGAAAGAUUAAAAGGUGGCAAUAAAAUGAUGUCAGACACAGAGCUUAUACAUGAUGAGAUAGACAGAGAAGUGGCAUUAUGUACAUGUAGAAGUCCCCUACGUGUCGAGAUGGUAGAUGAAUGUAAAUAUAGGUUUGGAGAAAAAAGUACGAUAAGAUUAGUACGGUUUUUAAACAGCUGCGUUAUGGUUCGAGUAGGAGGAGGAUGGAUAACUCUAGAUGAAUUUUUAGAAACUAACGACCCUUGUAGAGCAAUAGAAAAAAGGGUUAGCAAUAUAAGGGCAUUAAAUAAUGUUCUUGAACAGCAUUUUUAUGGGACACGAGGGAGAACAAAUUAUGAUUUGAGGAAGACACUAGGUGGCGCCGAAACACCGACAUCUCCGAACGGAAAUUCAACGUUUCGUUCGCGUAGCGGUAGCGGCACUUAUGGGUAUAAAUCUCGACAAAAUGACACGGGUUAUGCGUCAUCUAUAUCAUCAGCGGGAAGUUCGGGAGACAGUUCACUUAGACGUAGUAAGCAGAUGACGACCUCAAUGGUAAACCUGUCCGGAAAUUCAAACAGUAAAUUUGUGAAUUCAUUACGAAAACAUCCUGAUUUUGGUUCAUCAGGAAGUUUGUCUCGUUCAAAACGUCUAAGCAGUUCAUCAUCAAACAUUACUCCAACAAAGCCACGCACACCUUCAACCAGUACGGGUACACCACGGUAUAUGAGCCCACGUCAACCUUUCGGGCGCUCCACUACACCUACGCCAUCAACUGCAUUUGGGCGAUCCACUACACCGACGCCACCUAGAUCAUCACUGUCAACACCGCGACUAUCUUCCACACCCAAAGCUACACCAACAAGAUCUGGUCGUCAGACGCCAACCGGUCGAACAACACCAACGCCAAGUGGUCGCACCACACCAACUAUGGCUAACGGACCAAGGCGUCUCCCGACCACGCCGAAAACCCCAAAAGUGUAGUAUCAAACUAAUAACAGAUACAGUGUUAAAACGUUCCAAUAGUGCCAGUAUGACUCAUUGUUACUGAAGUACAUUAUA